CCCCUCAUCCCCCACCCCACAUUUCCAAUAUGGCCGCCGUCACCUUCGUGGAGCUGCUGACCCUAUUAGGGGGGAUGGGCCGUUUCCAGUUGACCUACGUGGGCGCCUUGGCCAUCCCACUGUUCCUAUUGGCCAGCCAUAACCUCCUUCAGAACUUCACCGCCGGCGUCCCCGAACAUUAUUGCAGACCCCGGUUAUGGGGUAACGCCACCAAUAUGGCCGACGUCCCGUUGGUGGUCUCCAUCCCAUCCGACGGCCAACGGGGUCUGCAGAGAUGUCGGCGUUACGUGGAGCCCCAAUGGCAGCUCUUAGGGGGCAAUGGGACGGGGGUUGUGGGGUUAUGGGGUUAUGGGAAUGGGGGGGGGAACGGGAAUGGGAUGGUCAAUGGGAACCCCAAUGGGAUGGUCAAUGGGAACCCCAAUGGGAUGGCCAACCCUAAUGGGAUGGUCAAUGGGAACCCCAGUGGGAUGGCCAACCCUAAUGGGAUGACCAACAUCAACCCCAAUGGGAUGACCAACCCUAAUGGGAUGGCCAAUGUCAAUGGGAUGGCCAAUAUCAACCCCAAUGGGAUGGCCAAUGGGAACCCCAAUGGGAUGGGUGCCAUUAAUGGGAUGGCCAACCCUAAUGGGAUGGCCAACAUCAACCCUAAUGGGAUGGCCAAGGUCAAUGGGAUGGUCAAUGGGAACCCCAAUGGGAUGGGUGCCAUUAAUGGGAUGGCCAACCCCAAUGGGAUGGCCAAGGUCAAUGGGAUGGCCAACCCUAAUGGGAUGGUCAAUGGGAACCCCAAUGGGAUGGGUGCCAUUAAUGGGAUGGCCAACCCUAAGGGGAUGGCCAAGGUCAAUGGGAUGGCCAACCCCAACCCCAAUGGGAUGGCUAAUGUCAAUGGGAUGGCCAACCCUAAUAGGAUGGCCAACUUCAACCCCAAUGGGAUGGCCAACAUCAAUGGGAUGGCCAACCCCAACCCCAAUAGGAUGGCCAACCCCAAUGGGAUGACCAACCCCAACCCCAAUGGGAUGUCCAACCCCAACCCCAAUGCGAUGACCAACCCCAACCCUAAUGCGAUGUCCAACCCCAACCCUAAUGGGAUGUCCAACCCCAAUAACCCCAAUGGGAUGUCCAACCCCAACCCCAAUGGGAUGUCCAACCCCAACCCUAAUGGGAUGGCCAACGUCAACCCCAAUGGGAUGGCCAACCCUAAUGGGAUGACCAACCCCAAUGGGAUGGCCAAUGGGAACCCCAAUGGGAUGGCCAACCCCAAUGGGAUGGCCAACGUCAAUGGGAUUGACAACCCUAAUGGGAUUGAUGCAGCCACGGAGCCGUGUCGCGACGGUUGGAUCUAUCGCGACGGCGUCUUCGCUCACACCAUCAUCAGUGAGUGGGAUCUGGUGUGCGAGGCCAAGACGUUGAGGCAGCUGGCGCAAUCCAUUUACAUGGCCGGGAUAUUAGUGGGGUCUGGGGUCGUCGGGAUCCUGUCUGAUAACCAGACCCUGCGUGCAAUGGUGCGUAAGGAGGAGCCGAUGCCGGGGGGGGCUCUGGCUGCCCUCGUCCGGACCCCCGGGAUGAGGACGGUGUCCUGCGGCGUCUGCUUCGUCUGGUUCUCCACCAGCUUUGCGUAUUACGGGUUGGCCAUGGACCUGCAGGGUUUUGGGGUGGACGUCUACGUGAGCCAGUUGAUUUUCGCUGCCGUGGAUAUCCCCGCUAAGUUGAUCUCGGUGUUGGUCAUCAGUGGGGCCGGGAGGAGGGUGGCGCAAGCGGCGGCUUUGGGGUUGGCGGGGGUCUGCAUCCUGGCCAACGCCAUCGUGCCAAUGGGUGGGCUCCAUCUCCCCCUCCAUCCCUCCCUCUCUCCCCCCCGCAGGCAGACGGGGAUGGGGCUGGGGGGCAGCAUGGCUCGCGUGGGCAGCAUGGUGGCCCCAUUGGUGAGGAUGGGGGCCGACGUGGCCCCACUGCUGCCCCCCAUCGUCUAUGGGGCAGCCCCCGUCAUGGCGGCCAUCGCUGCCCUGUUCCUACCUGAAACCCGCAACGCUCCCCUGCCCGAAACCGUGGAGGAUGUGGAGAGACGGGGGGGUCACCGGAAGGAUGAUGACGUCACCGUCCCCCUGAGCAGCACCAGGACCCCGGACAGCGCCUGAGGGGUCCUUUAACCAAAUCCUAUUUAUUUCACCCCAAUAAAACCUUGGCCCCAAUCGGGGCCGUUUUGGCUCCA